AUGCGCAGCGAUCGCCGCGAGCUGGGCAUCGUCGUGUUCCCAGGCGGCGCUCGGCUCGGCGGCAUUCCUUGCCCAUACGCAGCCGCCCGGGCCACCUGGCUGUUCCGGGACGCGUCGUUACGCGCCUCUGGAUACAUUCCCUGGACAGCGAGAGCGCGAGCGCGCACCGUCCUCUUCCUACCGAUGCUUUUUCAUCGCGUUGCCCGGCGGCUUAUCGCCCGUGGCAGCGCUAUAAGGGACUCCUACGAGGGCACCUAUACGGACGUCGCCAGAUUACAAUUUAAA